AUGCGAGAUUUCUCUAAAGUCAAUCCAUAUCGAGAUGUUGUAAAGAAGGAAGGUGUUGUUGUUAAGGAGGAGGAUCAGUUAGACGUCGACGUCAAGGGAUCCUUCUUACUGCUUGAUGGACGUAAUCUUGUGAUCGAGCACAGCUGGGGUGCUCCUAAAGUCAAGAACGUGGUUGCCAGUCUUGUCAAGACUCCCACAGAAGAUGCAGUGCUCAUUAGCGCAUGGCUAAACACGAGCAAGGAUCCAGUUGUAAGCAAUGAGCAAAAAGCAAGUUCUUUCUGCAAACGAAUAGCUACUUACUUCGCAGCUAGUCCGAAGGUUGAAAGAGGUGACAAGCGAGGGGCAAUCCAGUGUAAACAAAGGUGGCAAAAGAUAAAUGAUCUUGUCUGCAAAUUUGAUGGAUCCUAUGACGCUGUAACAAGGCUUAAAACGUCUGGUCAGAAUGACAAUGAUGUCGUAAAGGCAGCACACGAGAUCUUCUACAACGAUUAUAAGGUGAAUUUUACCCUCCAAUAUGUGUGGGAGGAGCUACGCUACGACCAAAAAUGGUGUGAAGUUGCUACUUGUAAGAUGGGUGGAACCGCUAAGAAGAGAAAGUGUGACGAUGGUGUUCAAUCUUCAAGCUCUCAAGCAACUACAAAUCAAGGUGAGCCACGUCCUCCUGGUGUUAAGGCGUCGAAACGAGGAAGUGCUAAGCGUACCAAUGAAGAUCUCUCUGAGUUUCAGAGACUGUGGACAAUUAAGGAGAAAGACUUGGCCUCGAAAGAGAAACUCAAGAAGAUGGAUCUGCUAGACACUCUCAUUGCCAAAAAAAAGAGCCAUUAUCUGAAUUUGAAUAAGCUUUAAAGAUGAAGCUAAUUGGAGAAAUGUUAGGUAAUUAGAGUUCUUGUGUUGUUCUUGUAUUAUGUUACCUUCGGUUUGAUCUCAUUGGAGAAAUGUUAGGUAAUUAGAGUUCUUGUGUUGUUCUUGUGUUGUGCAUCUGUGUGUCAGUACGUGGCUUGGGAGCAUCUGUGAUCUCUUGUUCUUGUGUUCUGUUGUGACACGGAUUAUAGUGCCUGUUAUUUUAUUGUGUCACGCAUUCUACUGUCUGUUGUUUUCUAGUGUCAGUGUGUUCUUGUCUUAUUGUGUCACGGAAAUUGUGUGAAGUCAUGUUGUGUCUGUUGUUGUGUCACGGAUUGUCUUUAAAAGCAGAUGGUGUGUAAAAUAAUUUGUGUGCA